CUCCUACUACUACUUCCGCUAUGGGCACGACUGGAAAACCUACAACUACCACAUCUACUCUUACUCCUCCUACUACUACUACUUCUACUAUAGGCACGACUGGAAAACCUACAACUACCACAUCUACUCUUACUCCUACUACUACUUCCGCUAUGGGCACGACUGGAAAACCUACAACUACCACAUCUACUCUUACUCCUCCUACUACUACUUCUACUAUGGGCACGACUGGAAAACCUACAACUACCUCAUCUACUCUUAUUCCUCCUCCUACUACUACUACUUCUACUAAAGGCACGACUGGAAAACCUACAACUACCACAUCUACUCUUACUCCUCCUCCUCCUACUACUACUUCUACUAUAGGCACGACUGGAAAACCUACAACUACCACAUCUACUCUUACUCCUCCUACUACUACUUCUAAUAUGGGCACGACUGGAAAACCUACAACUACCACAUCUACUCUUAUUCCUCUUCCUCCUACUACUACUUCUACUAUAGGCACGACUGGAAAACCUACAACUACCACAUCUACUCUUACUCCUCCUCCUACUACUACUUCUACUAUAGGCACGACUGGAAAACCUACAACUACCACAUCUACUCUUACUCCUCCUACUACUACUACUUCUAGCACGACUAGAAAACCUACAACUACCACAUCUACUUUUAUUUUUACUCCUACUACUACUACUUCUACUAUGGGCACGACUGGAAAACCUACAACUACCACAUCUACUCUUACUCCUCCUACUACUACUUCUACUAUGGGCACGACUGGAAAACCUACAACUACCGCAUCUACUCUUACUCCUACUGCUGAUGACAGCAUAUUUAGUGGUUGUGACAACCUGAGCCACUUCACUCACUUCUUCUCUCUGUGUUUUCUUGUUUUGUUUUUCCAUGUUUUCGUUGGUGGCUUUGACAUGUAAAAGUGAAGACACUCAGUGUUUAACUCAGUGUCCUGGUAUCCACGCUGGAUCUGAAAACUUUUUACUGGUAAUUUUGUUACUGUCAGUUCCACAUGAAGUGACCCUAACACGAUUUUCAUACGUUCUAAAGAAAUAUCUUACAACACUACUUCUACUGACAACUGCCAUUGGCAAGAUUAUUAACCUUGCAACUACUCCUAACUGUUUUUUGCAAGAAUACAGCUCUAACAAAUACUCUUACAACUACUACCACAGCUACUACUACAACUAGUUUUGGUAAGAAUACUUCUUGUUCUGCAUUUAAUCCUACAACUGCUACUAACUACUACCACAGCUACUUUUGGAAGGACAACUACCCCUACAAUUUCUACUACAGCAACUACUACAACUACUAUCGCCAUGACUAUGUUUAUUCCUACUGAUUGCAGUUUAAUCAGUGGUGGUGACAACCUGAGCCACUUCAUUUACAUAUAUUUUCUAUCUGCUCUUUUUAGUUUUUUUUUUUUGGAGUUCUUAUUGGUGGCAGUAAAAUGAAAAAGCCUCUGUCAAAAUAUUGUUUUUAAGUGUUGCUCUGGAAAACAUGUGGGUUUAUGCCUUUAUGAAUAAACACAUAAUAAGCAAAGUUUUUUUGUAAUUUUUGUUUUUGUAUUUGGUACUAAAAAUAAAAAA